CACACACACACAGACAGACAGACAGACAGACUGGUGAUUAUAAUAGUGUGUGUUAGUGUUAGUUACAGAUAAACACUCUGUUACACGGCUGUUAUUUAUUAUUGUUUUAAUUCUUUAAUAUCAGAGUUUAGGAGUGAGAGCAUGGUGAAGGCUGUUAUACUCAUCGGAGGACCUCAGAAAGGUACGCGGUUCCGCCCGCUCUCCUUCGAGGUUCCUAAACCGCUGUUCCCUGUGGCAGGAGUUCCCAUGCUGCAGCACCACAUCGAGGCCUGCGCUAAGGUGCCGAACAUGAAGGAGAUCUUACUGAUCGGGUUUUACCAGCCGAACGAGGAGCUGAACCGCUUCUUAUCUUCAGCACAGCAGGAGUUUAAAAUCCCUGUGAGGUACCUGCAGGAGUACGCCGCCCUGGGGACCGGAGGAGGAAUCUACCACUUCAGAGAUCAGAUCCUGUCCGGGGCUCCUCAGGAGUUCUUCGUCCUGAACGCAGACGUCUGCUCCGAGUUCCCCCUGGAGGACAUGCUGCGCUUCCAGAAGGAGCACGGGGACGCACGCAGCUUCAUCAUCCUCGCCACCACCGCUAACAGGAAACAGUCACUGAACUACGGCUGCAUUGUAGAGAACGAACACACCAAUGAGGUGCUGCACUACGUGGAGAAGCCGAGCACGUUCGUCAGUGAUGUCAUCAACUGUGGGAUUUACCUCUUCACCCCGGAGAUCUUCAGGCACAUCGGAGCCGUGUUUCACAAGAACCAGCAGGACAUGGCGCUAGAUGAGCAGUGUAACGGCUGGCAGAGAGCCGAGGUGAUCCGUCUGGAGCAGGACAUCUUCACGGCUCUGGCGGCUCAGGAGAAACUCUACGUGUACAAAACCGACCGGUUCUGGAGUCAGAUUAAAUCUGCAGGAUCAGCGAUCUACGCCAGUCGUCUGUAUCUAAACCAGUACCAUAAGACCCACCCUGAGAGACUGGCCACCAGUAAGGACGGGGGACCCAAAAUAAUCGGAAAUGUUUACGUCCACCCGACAGCUAACAUCGACCCCACGGCUGUGUUGGGUCCAAACGUGUCGAUAGGCACCGGAGUGACGAUCGGGGCCGGGGUUCGAGUCAGAGAGUCCAUCAUCCUCCACGGAGCCACCUUACAGGACCACAGCUGUGUGUUAAACAGUAUAAUCGGGUGGGACAGCACCAUCGGGAAGUGGGCGAGAGUGGAGGGAACCCCGAGUGACCCGAACCCUAACGACCCGUACGCCAAAAUCGACAGCGAGACUCUGUUCAGAGACGGGAAACUGACACCAUCCAUCACCAUCCUAGGCUGUAACGUGACGAUCCCGUCUGAAGUGAUCAUCCUCAACUCCAUCGUCCUGCCGCACAAAGACCUCAACCGCAGUUUCAAAAACCAGAUCAUCCUGUGACGGAGCGACUAUUAACAUCACACGAUGUAUCACAAUGUGUGCUUAAAAUAUUGGCACCCCUGCUGGGUCAUGGUCAUUUAAAUAUAAUUCUGUACUGUAA